GCGGGCCCCCGGCCGCCCCGCCGCGCGCGCGGAGUCGGGAGUCCAGCCACCGAGCCGCAGACGGCGCGGACAUGGAGCCGGGGCUCGCGGGCCGCCGCGCGCUGGUCACCGGGGCCGGCAAAGGCAUCGGGCGCAGCACGGUCCGGGCUCUGCACAAGGCGGGCGCGCAGGUGGUGGCCGUGAGCCGCACCCGGGCCGACCUGGACAGCCUGGCCCUCGAGUGCCCGGGAGUCGAGCCCGUGUGCGUGGACCUGGGCGACUGGGAGGCCACAGAGCGGGCGCUGGGGGACGUGGGCCCCGUGGACCUGCUGGUCAACAACGCCGCCGUGGCCCUGCUGCAGCCCUUCCUGGACGUCACCAAGGAGGCCUUCGACACGUCCUUCGAUGUCAACCUGCGGGCUGUCAUCCAGGUGUCCCAGAUCGUGGCCCGGGGCCUCAUAGCCCGCGGAGCCCCCGGGGCCAUCGUGAACGUCUCCAGCCAGGCCUCCCAGCGCGCCCUCGCCUGCCACAGCGUCUACUGUUCCACCAAGGGCGCCCUGGACAUGCUGACCAAGGUCAUGGCCCUGGAGCUCGGGCCACACAAGAUCCGGGUCAACGCGGUGAACCCCACGGUGGUGAGGACCCCCAUGGGCAAGGCCAACUGGAGUGACCCCCAGAAGGCCAAGGCCAUGCUGGACCGCAUCCCACUCGGCAGGUUUGCCGAGGUGGAGAACGUGGUGGACAGCAUCCUCUUCCUGCUCAGUGACCGCAGCAGCAUGGCCACAGGCGCCACUCUGCCAGUGGAUGGGGGCUUCCUGGCCACCUGAGCCCCCCACCUCGCCCAGCCCCGGACCCAAGCCUGGGCCCCCCCCCCCACCCCACACCACCCUUCCCUUCAAUAAACCUGCUCCUUCUGCAUGCUGAUGCCAAGGCUGCCCACAAGUGGCCAGGCCAGGCAGGGCUCAGGGCCGGGUGUGGGAAUGGGUCCUGGGUAGGGAGGGACCAUGUGACUCAUGUGCCAAGCCCGGUGGCUGCCUGGUUCCCGCGCCUGUGGUUCAGCCCGGGCUGGGGGCAGCGCAUUUCAGAAGGUCUCUGUGGGAGGGAGGUGAAUCUGGCCAAGGUCUUCAGCCUGUCCAGAGACCCUGGGGGUAGGGAAGCCAUGGGGUGCUUGUGUCCAACAGCUGGCUCUGUGACAGCAACUCCCACAUGAAUGCUGGUUGAUAGCUGUUAAAGUUAAUGUCUAAGACAAAAUUUUGUGAAACAAGGAAGACAUCUAUGGGGCCCUCAUUCGUCUGUGACAUGAGCAGCUUCUUUGCUGAAUCAGACGGUAGUUUCCGAGAAGUGGAAGAAUGUUUCCUCAACUCCACAUAAUUCAGAGUAUAGCGUGCACACACUGCACAUUCAAGUUUAAUCAGCGGUAACAUUUUCCCCAUGGCCUUUUAAAAAUCUAGACAAUUAGCAAAACAGUCAAUCAAGCUGGAUUUAUAGAGUU